UUCUUGAUACUUCAGUGUAUGUAACAGAAUAUGCCAAUAAGUCUUGAGUAAAGCUAUUAAAACUGUGGUAGAUAUUUUCUCUCAAAUCCUCAUGAGGGCCUUUUAGUGAAAUGCUAGAAAGCAUAAGUUUCUGUAUGAAGCAUAGAGUAAUGCAGAGCUGCUACACCCCCAAAUCUUACUGCAAACUGCUGGUCAGCUGGCUAUGAAAAAGGGACAGCUCUGGUGUAUAUCAAAGGUAUGUCAAUCAUCAAAUUCAUCAAACUAACACUUAUUUUUAGAUUUACAGUUGCAAGCUUCGAGUGGUGUGUUUAUCAAGCAGAGCCUGCAUGCUAAUUCGCUGUUACUAGGCACAGAGCAGAAUGUUUGCAAUGAAAAUGAUUUACUUGAAAACCACAUAUGAUUCUUUUGAAGAGUGUGUUCCAAAUUUUUACAGAGGUCUAAAUAAUAAAAACAACAAAUCCAUCACAUAGGCUAGAUCAAUGGAAAUGGGAUAAUAAUGUGUCAUCUUUGCUGCAGCAUGAAUACAUACUGUAGCAUAUUAUACAAUUAACAAUUAACUAAACCAAGGUAGUAACACAACAAAUACUAUUGAAACAGGGUUUCAUAUAUAAAAUGCUCAUCUCUGGGUGCAACUCAAGCAGCAACAAGACAGAAGGAGCUGAAGGGUCAGAGGUGUCUCCACCAUCUGUUCAGGAGCUGAGUGAGACGUGCUGUAGUAGCAGAGCUUAUAGGACGCUGUCAGACACUCCUCAUUCUCUCUCUAGGAACAUUUUGAACUACUGUCAUCAGGCACGCCUCCAGCAGCAGUAAAAAUAGAAACACCAGAUCAUAACACAGCUUUCUACCUCAAAUUGUUAAAAUGCUGAACUCCUGUUAAGACAGCUUCCAUGACUUACAUCAACAUUUCAUUACAUUACAUAGUGCAGUUGUUUCUAAGUUCUCGGUGUAUGUGUUUUUGACUACUUGUGUUUUCUGUGAGCCACGUGAUGAUAUUUUUACUGUUAUAUGGAAUUGCACACGCUUGUUUUAUUGUGGACAUACAAUAAGAUUAAAAUGAACUGAUUUGAAUUUCUCAUUGUCUGAAUAAUGGAUGGAAUAACAUUCAGUACAUUCCCCAGAGUGGCAGACCUCCAAAGUUUUAACAAAUUCAUGAUGAUUUAAAAAAAAAACCCAUUGGAAAUCAGUGAUGCAGAGGCAUAGCUUUGCACUAUAAGUAUUACAACAUAAAAAGGGAGAAAGUGCAGGAACAACCAGUAAAUGCAAACUCACAGUUAGAACCUUCCCUCCCAUCCAGCAGGUGGCGGUAAAGGCCUUAAUGCUUCAUAGAAAAGGAAACUCACCUCCUACGGUUGAAUUUGAAAACAGGCGGCAGUUUUACGACUAGAAAGCUCACAGCAAGAUGACUGCGGACAGUGAGAUAGAGCUAAAGGAGGCAUUUCAACGGGCUCAAAAAGGACACAACAACAAGGCGAAGCUGGUGGCGAGCCUGAAGAGUCGCUACAACAAGCUUGAGGACAAGACUCUGUUCCAUGAAGAGUUUGUCCACUACCUGAAGUAUGCAAUGAUUGUGUACAAACGAGAGCCUGCUGUUGAAAAUGUAAUCGAGUUUGUGGCCAAGUUUGCCACAAGUUUCCAGCCUCUACCCAAUUCAGAGGAUGAGCAGCAGGAAGAAGAAGAGGAGGAGGAGGAAGAUGAUGAAGAUGAUCAUCCAUUUCUGAGUUUCAUCUUCAACUUUCUGUUGGAGUCUCACAAAGCCAACAGUCACGCAGUGCGUUUCAGAGCGUGCCAGUUGAUCAACAAGUUGCUGGGCAGUAUGGCGGAGAACGCCCAGAUCGACGACGACCUCUUCGAUCGGAUCCACCAAGCCAUGCUGGUCCGCGUCACGGACAAGUUCCCCAACGUGAAGAUUCAGGCUGCUUUAGCGAUGACCCGCCUCCAACAGCCAAAGGAUCCCGACUGUCCCACCAUCAAUGCUUACAUGUUAAUUCUAGAAAAUGACAGUAACGCGGAGGUGCGACGUGCCGUUCUUUCCUGCAUUGCAAUGUCGCCACGGACUCUACCUAAAGUUCUCAAACGCACUCGAGACAUUAAAGAGAACGUCCGCAAGCUGGCCUACCAGGUUCUCUCUGAAAAGGUUCACAUUAAAGCUCUUACCAUCGCACAGAGAGUCGGUCUACUGCAGCAAGGUCUCCAUGACACCUCAGAGUCGGUGAGAGACAUUGUUUGCAGUCGCCUGCUGCCGGCUUGGCUGCUUCGGCUGGAUGGAAACGUCAUCGAGUUGCUCCAUCGGCUGGACGUGGAGAAUUGUACUGAAACGGCUAUGGAAACCCUGAAGGCCAUCUUUAAAACAAUGCCAGCGGAAGAGCUGCUGCAGAACAGAGCGCAACUCGACAAUAGAAAGGUGAUCCCUGAGGACGCUAUGACCUGUGAAAAUGUGCUUUACUGGAGAUCUCUGUGUGAGUUCCUGAAGGGUAAAGGAGAUGAUGGGGAGGAAAUGCUUGAACAAGUGCUGCCAGAUGCUGCAACCUAUGGCGACUACCUCUUUGGCUAUCUGAAGGCGGUGCCUGUGCUGACAGAGGAGCAGAGGGCUGACUUCAACCAGCUGGAGCUCGUCAUGACCAAAGAGUUCAUCUCCCAGCACCUCAUCCAUCUCAUCGGUUGCCUUGAUACCAACGAGGAAGGCGGCAGGAAGAGUGUUCAGGCGGUUCUGCAGGAGAUGCUGGCUCUCACACAGACCCCUUCCUCUUUGGUGUCUCUCCUCACUGAGAAGCUCCUCGCCCUCAUCCCAGACGACCAAAGACGCAUCCAGACCGUGGCAGAGAUCAUUUCGGAUGUGAGAGAACCCAUCAUGGAGGUCAGUCAGCCGGUGGAUGAGAACAGGAGCCGCCGGCAGCAGGUCCAGCUUGCAGAGGUGAAGGUUCGCCUCAUGGAGGCCAAACAGGAUCUGGAGGACUGCAUCGCUGCGCAGGACUUCAGUCGAGCAGCAGAGCUGAAGGACUCCAUCGCGGGUCUAGAGGAUCAAAGAAACCAGGUCCUGCAGGAGAUCUCAGAGAGCAGCCAGCCAGUCGACAGGGAGGUUCGCGCUGAGAAGAACGACCCAGAGACUCUUCUGAGGUGUCUGACGAUGUGUGCUGAACUGCUAAAGCAGAUGAAGAUCAAGACUCGCACUGGUCCCACUAUAAGUGCCUUAAUGUCAUCACUGGUCCUUCCCUCCAUAGCAAACGCUCACCCUGCUGUUCGCAAUAUGGCCGUGGUGUGUUUGGGAACCUGCACCCUGCACAGCAAGGAGCUGGCCAAAACCCACAUGGUCCUCCUGCUGCAGAUUGCCCAGCUGGACGAGGUGAAGAUCCGCAUCAGCGCUCUGCGGGCGAUCAUUGACCUACUGCUGCUGUUCGGCUUCCAGCUGCUCUCUGAAACGGUGUCCACUCAGACCAUCCAGCCUCCGCUGUCACCCGACAGGCAGGAGGGCGACGCGGCAUCGGGCGAGGACAAGGGGAACAUUCCAGAAGACUCUGCACAGAGCGUACUGGUGAUGCUGUCAGAGUUCCUGGACAGUGAGAUGUCUGACCUGCGGACGGAGACAGCAGAGGGUCUGGCCAAGCUGAUGUACACGGGUCGCAUCUCGAGUGCAAAGUUGCUCUCACGCUUGGUGCUGCUGUGGUACAAUCCUGUCACUGAGGACGAUGUCCGCUUGCGCCACUGUCUGGGAGUUUUCUUCCAACUCUACGCCCGCGAGAGCAGAGCCCACCAGGAGGUUGUGGAGGAGACGUUCCUGCCAACAGUUCGGACUCUGCUGAACGCCCCGGCCACUUCUCCACUGGCUGAGGUGGACAUUAACAACGUGGUUGAACUACUAGUUGAUCUGACCCGCCCCAGCGGACUCAUCAAACCUUCAGCUAACACAGAGGAGGUGUGUGUCCAUGACUACCUGGCAGUGCGUAUGUGUGGAGAGAUGCUCAAAGAUCCCACGGCGCCUGAAGUCCGCCUCUAUGCCAAGACUCUGAGCAACCUGGAGCUCAGCAGAGAGGAGACAGUGAGGGACGACCUGACGACACUGCUGCAGCAGCUCGUACAGGUGGUAAAGGAUCGCGUUUGCCUCCGUGCUCUGGAGAAGAUGCUGCAUCAGCUGAUGGACUCUAAGGAACAGGCAGAGGUCGUCAACUCCAGUGCUCUCCAACCACUGGGCGUCAACGCAGACGAAGUAGCAACAGAAGAUCCAUCAAAAUCCGCUAAGAGACCUAAGAGAGGUCAAAGGAAAGCCAGCACUGCCAAAGGGGGCAGAAGGCCGAGCAGAAAGGCUGAGUCAUCAGAGGAGAGUGAUGGAGAAAAUGUCCCAGAGUCUGUUCCUGUUCUGCGUUCGUCGCGGAGGGCAAAGACUGCAGCUCUGGAGAAAACCAAACUGGAUCUGAACCCUCUCAUCAAUCAAGAGGCCAAUGUGUCGUGAAUGUUCACUCUUGAACAGUUGAAGUGUUUUACUCAGCAGGAACAGAAAUGCUUGUCUUUUAUUUGUAUCCUAUUACUGUUGUUGCAUUCAAUGUCUAUAUAGUGAUAAGUAUUCAUUACCUACUGGGUCUUAGUAAAUAUAACUAAGCUCGAAACAUUCAUGGCUAAUAACUAUUGCGGUUAUAUCUUAAGCUUUCACUGAAUUUAUUUGUGUGCCAUUAUUUUUUCUGUCUUAACUUUUAUAAUAAAAACAAAUAAAUAGAAAAGUAAGUUGUCUCCCUUACAUGUAUUAGUCAUGAGUAAGUAAAAUUUGUUUCAUUGGGUUUGUUUAUUUGAUUCUGAUGGCAUCACAGAUGAGAAUAACAGCCGUUAAACUCUUCAUGUUAAUAUUUUUAUGGUUCCUAUGCAGCCUGGAAUUGUAUUUGCUUAUUCAAGGUGGAUGAAAGUAGGAAAAUGAAAGAAUGGAAUUCCAUUUAUAUUUUGACUUUAAUUUGUUCUAUUAACUCGGUGUUUCUCAGCUCCAGUCCUCAC